AUGACAGUGUCAUCCAAUUUCGAGACUGCCUUGUCCUCGUGGCGAAAGCUCUUGACGCCGUCGCCAACUGGAAAGAACUUCAAAGCGCUGCAAAAGCAAGGACACUCCGCGUCGCUGUUGGCGAUGGUCGACUCCAGGCAACAUCCUGUGACUAUUCACUUCAACAAGCGGACACCCGACGACUACAUGCAUGAAGCGUACCGCAAGGUAUGCAAGAUUCACCAACAGUUGCCCGAAGGAGGCAUCCUAGUCUUCGUCACAGGACAGCAAGAAGUCCUGACGUUGUGCCGUAAGCUGAAGAAACGGUUUCCUGAAAAUUCUGGUUGUCACGGUCAUGACCAGGGUGAUCAGAAGCAAGGUUCCAAUGAGGGCAAGGAUAAUGAUGGCAGUGAGGCUCCUCAAAGAGCUGACGCAAAGACAAAGGGUGUCAACUUAGAUGAUUAUUCUGUGGUGCCGCUAGACGAGGGACAGUUGGAAGAACUUGUGAAGGAUGAGGGACGGGAAGACGGCGAUCUGUCCUCCUCUGAAGAGGAUGACCUCACGGAGGAAGCCGCUCCAAAUAGGAACGCUCAGCCGCUUACCGUACUCCCUCUGUUCUCCUUACUUCCCUCAGAAAAACAAGCCAAGGUGUUUCAAACCCCGCCAGAAGGUACCCGGCUCUGUGUCGUCGCAACCAAUGUUGGUGAAACUUCCCUCACCAUUCCAAACGUUAAAUACGUCGUGGACACUGGCAAGGUGAAAAUGCGCGUCUACGACAAGGUGACCGGGAUAUCUGCUUUUCUCAUAUCCUGGGUCUCCAAGGCAUCCGCAGACCAGAGGGCUGGCCGAGCGGGCAGAACGUGCCCCGGCCACUGCUACAGGUUGUACUCGUCAGCAGUGUUCAACGACGAAUUCCAAAAAUUCACACCGCCUGAAAUAACGCGGAGGCCCGUUGAAGACUUAGUCCUACAAAUGAAGGCAAUGAACAUAGACAAGGUCGUGAAUUUCCCCUACCCUUCACCACCUGACAAAGAAGCUCUCAAGGCCGCUGAAAAGAAGCUGAUCCUCAUGGGUGCUCUGGAAGAGCUUCCCAAGCCAACACGUUUCAAGGAUCUGCCAAAGUGGGAGUGGAGUGCGCGAAUUACACCCCUGGGGCGUGCCAUGUCAUGCUUUCCCGUGAGCCCCCGCUAUGCCAAGAUGCUGGCCCUGUCGCACCAGCAUGGCCUGUUACCCUACAUCAUCGCUGUGGUGGCGGCCAUGACUGUGCAGGAAGUGUUCAUCUCUAUGGGGUUCUCCUCUACAGAAGCCAACAAGCAGGAUAAGCAAGCAAAGUGGAAGAAAGUCCGAGAAAUGUGGGCAGGACAGGGUCACUCUCUGGCACUUGGGGACGUCAUGGUGCUGCUGAAAGCAGUCGGUGCGUCCGAGUUUGUUGGCUGCACGGCUGGCUUCUGCGAGAGCCAUGGUCUGCGUUACAAGGCAAUGGUGGAAAUCAGGAAGCUUCGCAUCCAGCUCACAAAUGAGUUGAACCUUCUCAUUCCCAACCUGAACCUGUCAGUUGACCCAGCCAUGGAGCCACCAACAGACUUACAGGCGAAACUAAUUCGUCAGGUUCUGGUCAUGGGCUUCAGUGACCACAUUGCCAAGAAAAUGACAGAUGAAGAGAGAUGCAGUCAGACGGAAAACGCGAUUGCAAAGAACGCUUAUAAGAGCAUGGAAGUAGAUGGCCCCGUGUUCAUUCAUCCUAACUCGGUGCUUAGCAGCAAGCAACCACCAUUUGUCCUCUACCAGGAGAUAUUCGAGACAUCCAGGAUGUUUAUGCGAGUGGUCGCGGAGGUGGAACCCGAGUGGCUGCCCAUCUACGCCCCAAAGUACUGCACAUUCUCGUCUCCUUUGGAAGACCCGCCACCACGCUAUGACCGCAAGAAAGACAAGGUCCUCUGUUACGUGACGUCAACGUUUGGGCCCCAUGCGUGGCAGAUGGAAGCCGUGGAACAGGAAUUCGGCAAAGGCCCCGACAAGUUCCGGUGGUUUGCGCGUUUCCUCCUCCAAGGAGACGUACUUCCCUUCUUCAAGAAGUACAGCAAGCUACUCCUGUCACCACCCAUCACCAUGAUCAAGAGUUGGGCACGGUUGCAGCCACGGACCGAACACCUACUGCAGGCCCUGGUUUCUCGGUCUGCUGACUCAAGACAAAAGUUGUGCGACUUGUGGGAGAGGGAGCCGAAGUACUUGCUGACCGAAUACCUGGAGUGGAUACAAGAGAGCCUUCACAAUGAAGUCGCCUUAGCAUGGCCUCCACAACCUAAGUGAACUUGCUCAUUUCCUACGUGUUGCAUGUACAUAGCGAAAUAAAUUUUUAAGUUAUUGUUUGAA